AUGGUGGUUCUCUUUCUCUUGGCAGCUUUGCUGCAAGACCCAGUUUCGAGCACCUUGUACGGAUCCAGGUUUUUGACGGGUGAGGUUGGAGGAUCGCUCACCCAUCAAUGCUUCUACACCAUCACGACAGCCAACAAACACGACCGAAAAUACUGGUGCAAAAUAGCAGGGAGCGGAGUUUGCUACACCAUCAUUUCUACAACUGGUUACACCUCGAGGGGCUACGCAGGGCGCGUGUCUCUCGAGGACGUCCCCCAGAAGGGCACCUUCACGGUGACGAUGACAGGGCUGAAGAAGAACGACACGGGGACCUACCGAUGUGGCAUUGGCACCAGCAACAGGGACCUCUACGUCAGCCUGAACCUGACGGUUUCGGCAGGUACCAGUGUGUCGGAGACCGUCGAGCUCAUCCAAGGGGAGCUCCGUGGCUCUGUCACCAUCCUGUGCCCACCCAGGGACACCCAAGGUGGCAAGAAGAGGUUCUGGUGCAAACUGGGGAGAACCAGCUGCAGUCUCAUAGCCGACACCGAUGGCUACGUGGGAAAAAGUUACCAAGGACGAAUCUUUAUCACUCCUCAGGAGAGCUAUGGAGCUUUCAGAAUCUUGAUAAAUGACUUAACAAGGGAAGACUCGGGGCUGUACAGGUGCGGGACAGGAAGGCUCAGCGCUGGAGACAGCCAGCGGGUGGUGGCUCUGCAGGUGACCACAGCCUCCACCCUGCCCAAGAGACCAAAAUUUCUGAGCGGCACGGUCGGGGGCUCGCUGUCCGUGAAGUGCCACUAUGAUCCCAAGGGGAGCUACGAGAAGAAGUAUUUGUGCAGGUGGAAGGAAGCUCGCUGCUCCCUGCUCGUGGAUGUGGACGGGUUUGUGCACGAGUCCUACGCAGGGCGAAUACAAAUAGCCAGCAGCGACCAGGAGAAUGGGACUUACACGGUGGUGAUGAGGCACCUGAGAGAGGACGACGCGGGAUGGUACUGGUGCGGGGCUAAGAACGGGCACACGGAGCACACGUCCUCUGUGAAGCUGCUCAUCCAGAAGGAAACCCGCUCUACACAAGACCCAGAAACAUCCACCCUUGUGAAACCCACUUUAUCGUCAAGUCCUGCUGCCUACAGCACGCGCAUGCAGAGGAGCAGCACGGGCCUGACGUACGCGACGGGCACCGUCACCCAGAGCACCAGCACCCUGCUGCCCACUACCCCCCCGAGCACCUUUGUAACCUCCCCAGGCGAAAUCCAUCAUGAGAGGGCCCUGCGUAGGUAG